UGUCGGCUCGGAGCCUCAUUCGACGUCAGUGCCACCGCCACCAUGUUGGAUCAGGAAGUGGGCUGAGUCUUCACAAGAAUACCGAGCGCAGCUUAGCGUCAACGGCCGCCGUCUCUUCUCGGCCGACUCGUCUUUCGCCUCCUUGAUUUAUUUCCCCCCCUCCCUUCCCUCCCUCACACGUCUGAAACUCGGUGUACAUGCUGCACGGCUCCCUAUCUGACCGAGGUAGGCUUCCGUCUUCGACCGUCCCGCAGCCCCAGCUAUGACUUCUCUCACGCAGAGAUCCUCGGGCCUCGUCCAGCGGCGGACCGAGGCCAUUCGCAGCGCCGCCGCCGCCGAGAAGGAGAAGGACUCCGGCGGGGAGGAGGACGAAGCUCGCCGAGGGGAAGAGGACGAGGAGGACAAGGGGGACUCCAAGGAAACCAGACUGACGCUCAUGGAAGAAGUCCUGCUUCUGGGCCUCAAGGACCGAGAGGGCUACACGUCUUUCUGGAACGACUGUAUUUCUUCCGGCCUCCGCGGCUGUAUGCUGGUAGAACUGGCCCUCAGAGGAAGGAUACAGCUGGAGGCCUGCGGCGUGAGGAGGAAAAGCCUGCUGGCACGAAAGGUUAUCUGUAAGUCGGAUGCCCCUACAGGAGACGUGCUGCUGGAUGAGGCCCUGAAGCACAUUAAAGACACCCAGCCUCCAGAGACGGUGCAGAGCUGGAUAGAGCUCCUCAGCGGAGAGACCUGGAAUCCCCUGAAGCUCCACUACCAGCUGCGGAACGUCCGAGAACGUCUGGCUAAGAACCUGGUGGAGAAGGGGGUCCUCACCACGGAGAAACAGAACUUCCUGCUCUUUGACAUGACCACACACCCGCUCACCAACAGCACCAUUAAGCAGCGCCUUGUCAAGAAGGUCCAGGACUCGGUCCUGGAGAAGUGGGUCAACGAUCCCCACCGCAUGGACAAGCGGGUGCUCUCCCUGAUCCUCCUGGCUCACUCGUCCGACGUUCUCGAGAACGCCUUCGCCCCGCUCCAGGACGACCAGUACGACCUGGGCAUGAAGAGGGUCCAUACCCUGCUGGAGCUGGAGCCCGAGAAGGAGAGCACAAAGCCCAGCGCCAACGAACUCAUGUGGGCUGUGGUGGCUGCGUUUACUAAAUGAAAACGCCUGACUGGUCUGGACUGAAAAGAUCUGGCUGUGGUCUGGGUUAUUUAAUUGAUUUGAAGGACUUAACGAGACAGACUUCACUUAAAUGAGACAAUCUAUUCUGGUUGAGGAGCCUGUUUAUACAUCUAUUCUGGAUGACAUUUUUUUUUUUUUUUUUUUUUUUAGUUUUUUUCGGGUGGUAGUCCAUAUUAACAAAGUGCAGUCUGAGUGGUGGUGGGCUUCACCAAGUAACUGUUGAUUGGAUGGAAGGGUGUCUGAAUGGAAACCGACGACGGGCUGCUUUCACAUACGAGAGGUAAGUGGAUCUUCCACCGCGGACUACGGAUCCAUUUAAAACCAUCAACACUACGAGCGAGCGAGCUUCUGCUUGCGUUGGAUGACACCAGAGAGCACGGCACGUGGCGACUGUAGUCAUGGUGAAUAUGAAGAAACCGACCAGGGCAGAGUUUUUGCGUCAAAUUUAAAAAAGGAGGAAAAAAAACGCCACCUGCAUUGCUUCAAGGUCUGACCAUGGACCAGUCUCCGUACGCUCCCUCAUGCUAACUCAAGGAUUAGAAGAUCACAAAGCUAUAGAUGCUCUUUGCACUCACGGACCCCCUCCCCCCCCUUGCGCCUCCACCAGCUCAUUCCCGCCGCGUCGAGGAGAAAAAACGCUCACCGUUACUGUUAGAACAGACUACCUGAAUGUUUUGCAGAUUCUCACGUUCUUUUUUUGUCCUCAAAUGCUUUUUUUUUUUUUUUUUUUUUUCCCCUCCCCUCUUCCUCAUUGCAUCCUGAGGAAGAAAGGAAGGCUUAAAAAACACCAGAGUUCAGUUCUUGCACGGUGGACGGCAAGGUGAGUCGGUUGACCCUCAGAGACUUAAACCAAGAAUUUAACCUCGAGUGUAUUAAAAUGAAAAAAAAAAAAGUUUUUUUGUUAUGUUCUUUUUUUUUUUAUUUUAUUUUUUUUUUCUCCCCCGAGGGUCCAUUCUGUGUUUAGAGGACGUGGCUAGUCUCACCGUAGUUGUUUAUGUUGUUAGCUGAUGCUCGGACUAGCCUUUCAUUUAUCACCUAUUAUGCUCAGUCUUUACCCUUUUUUAGGUUGGAUUGUAUUUAUAGGCAUUUUACAGGGUUGCAUAACAUAAAUUAUGAACCUUAGCAACUAUGACAAAAAAAAUUAAAUAACAAUAGCUCCCUUUUGUAGACGGCUUCUGAUUAAUAAGAGCUUCUGCUUACGUUUCUGAGUGUGAAUUAAGACGUAAAGGUUUCCCGGCAGAUAUGAAUCUCAGAUCGGGGGUCGUUGGCGACGAGAGUUACGGGGGUUACUUGGAGAAAUGGGCUGGGAAUCGUUUUUGCUAGACGGGUUUGUUUCCGUUUUGUAAAUGUUAGUGACCGUUCACCUUUUUUUUUUUUUUGUUCUUCAUAAUAAUCAAAGCGCAUCUCACCGAAUACCGAUGGUUUUCUAGCCAUGACCAUUUAAGAGUCUUGUUAAUGUGGAAGUAUUCGUUUAGAUCGUUAUCAGCUUUACAAAAGUCGUAGGCCUAGUUUCCCGCUCAGCCGACCCACGAGCUUGACUGUAAACUGUUUUCCGUCUGCGGAGGAAAUCGCGUCUGGGAAUUGUGGGUAAAACUCAAGAGAAGAGGAAGUGCAUCCUUCGGAUGAGGCGGCCCUUAAAGGUUACAUCUUGCAAUUAACGAGUCUGUACUUUUUUUUUUUUUUUUUUUAUCUAGUCCUAAAUCACAUGCAGAUUUUGUAAAGACAAAACAAAAAUCAUGUGGAUAAUGAAUUGUUCAGAAGAUGGAGGGGUUACUUGGGCCCAAAUGAAUCCAGACGAAUAGAAUCUGCAGUCUAUUAGAACAAAAACUAACACCAAAAACACGAUUUAGAGCCCGUAAUCUUUGUAUAAUGUGAAAUUCCUUUUUGUUCGAUGGCAUACAUAAUGCUUCUUUUUUUUUUUUUUCUUUUCUGUUUGGUUUUAAUUUCUACAUGCAACAUACCGAGGGGUAUGAAGAACUGUUCCAACGCGUUUACAGCAAAGAGACCAUGCAUGCUAUUGGUGGAGGGGCAGUGGUACUUAACGGAUGUAGCUACAAAGAACAGGCUUGUAUGUAAUUAUUUGUCAUUUUACGUGUACGAUCUAAUGGAGUUAAAUGAAAGGGAUCUACUCUGCUAUUCUCUAUAAUUCUGUAUGCUUUCUUUUGUAUUACCACAGAAAAUAAAGUAAGGAUCCUUUAAGUGCCUGAA